AUGCGAAGACGAGACCGCCUGCAGAAUCGCCUACGCGCAUUUUUCGCAUCGGACAUCACCCUUUCACCGCCACUAGCGGCUCCACCCAGCCCUCUUCUGCCACCUGCGCAGCAAACGCCUUCUCUUCCUUCUCCACUACCAUCGGCUUCGCCACGCCUGACUACAUCAAGCGGAGGUGCAUUAGCCUCAGCGACAUCGCGCAGCCCACUGUUAGAAGCGGCUCUAACGAAAACACUGGAGAAGCUCCCUGAGGGCGAGAAGGCGGCAUUCCUGCAGGCGUCAAAAACCAUCGACGAGCGAACCCUGCUGUCAGGCGUAAGGACAUACGAUGCGGCGCACAAGAGCGAGUCGUCCUUCAGGCCUCACGCUGAGCGUCUCUCGAAGUUUCUAGUCUUGCUCAAUAAGUUCACGGCAGGCGUCGCUAUAGGCAUCCAAGCGAGCCCUGAAGUCUCAUCCUUGGUACUCGGCUCAGUCAGGGUCGUCAUCGACCUUGCUCUGAACUUCACAAUGUACUUCAGCAAGCUGAUCGAUAUGGUCUGCACUUUUGAAGACUACCUGGGUCCUCUUGAGGAGUAUGCGCAGGCGGCAGACAUCAAUCUUGUGGAGAAAACGGUAGUCCGUGCUUACGCGAACGUGGUCGACUUUGGCUGGAAGGCGCGUCGUGUGUUUCUUGAUGUCAAUGGCGAUCAGCGAAAAUGGACAUCCGUCAGAGCAUUCAUGCGUCAGCACUGGGAGACGUUUGAGACUGAGUUUGUGUCCAUCAAAGGGGAUUUGCAGCGCCAUCUCGACGUAUUGCUACACUCCGUCCAGGCAUUGCAUUUUGACGUUUCUAGGAAGGCCGAGGAGUCAAGGCUCCGUGAAGAAGAGAAGAAGGAGAGGUCGGCGUUCCUCGCGUGGGUGUCGAGCAUCGAUUUUGAGAAAAUUCACCAGGACACCUAUGCAAAGAAGCACGAACAGACAUGCGACUGGCUAACGAGAGAGCCGAAAUAUCAGCAAUGGGUAAACGGCCCCGCCUCGGCCCUCCUGUGGUGCCACGGAAAGCCUGGAAUUGGGAAAUCUGUGCUCGCGUCAAGCGUCAUAGAGGAUCUCACAGCUAAGAACGGGCUACGGGAAGAUGCUGCUAUCGGCUUUGCUUACUACAACUACCAAAACAUGCAGUUGAAACAGCUUCACCAGAUUGUAGCCGCUUUGGUCAAGCAGCUGUGCCGAAGGAAGGAUCGUAUACCCCAGAACCUGCUUCAGACAAAGCACGAUGGCUUGUCCCCAUCUUUGGUGGGUACACAGGAAAGGUUCGUCGCACUUGUUGAAGAUCUGUGCCAAGUAUUCGUGGUGUUCGACGCUCUGGAUGAGUGUCCGGAGCAAGAGCGGGGAGGCAUUCUUGCUUUUAUCACCAACAUAGUAACUGCGCAGAUUGGGUGCCACGUCAAGGUAUUCGUCACCAGUCGGUACGAAAUGGACAUCGCCAAAGCCUUUGAAGAUAAGCAGAUACCCACAAUUCAGAUUCGAGCCGAGAACGUCGCAGGCGACAUAGAAAUUUUUGCUCGCAGCCAAGUCGAGAAGCUCCAGGCUGGGCAGCAUGGAAAGACGCUUUACAUCACUAGCGUCGAACUUAAGGAGAAGGUUAUUCAGACGCUCGCUAAGAAGGCAGAAGGCAUGUUUCUUUGGGUCAACCUACAGCUAGACAGCCUUUGCCAAGCUAGCAAGGCACAAAAGGAUCAGGUUGUGGAAGCUGCGCUGGAAGCCUUACCGCAGGGGUUAUCAGACACCUACGUUCAAAUACUCGAGCGGAUCGAAGUUCAACAUCCGUACAUGAGGGAUCUAGCACUGAAUUGUCUAGCUUGGAUAAUCUACGCCCGAAGACCCCUCAGCACCCGGGAGCUACAGUACGCGCUCGCAAUCAAUACGAACUGUACAGAUCGACAGGACAUAUCGCUCGACCCGCCACAAGUGAUUAUCGAGGCUUGCGGCAAUUUACUGGAGGAAACCAGCGGCGCAAUCCGGCCGAUCCACUAUACCGUGCAGGAGUUCUUUACACCCACCGUCCGGGGAAUGCCGCAACAUCCUAUGCGAACGCAACUUCUAGACUCAAAAUCUGUGCAUGAGCGACUGAGCUUAGCGUGUCUUCGGUACAUUCAUUUGGUGGCAUUCGAUACACCGGCCGGAGACGCAAUCGACCUGUACUACCGACUCCAAGACAACGAUCUUGCUGGCUACGCAUGUCAAAGCUUUGAUUACCAUGUUUCAAAUUGUGAUCCAAUUCCCCUCGAUGUUGUAGACCAACUGGAGAGACUCUUCCAGCACGACAGUGCGUAUCUUGCAGCGAUACUGCAGAUAAAGAUUCUGCAGGAUGACUACUACUUAGACAACAUUUGGCAACGGUUCAAUAAAAUGUUCUUUUUGGUAACUCCAGGCACAAUUGUGUACAGCACUAGUCUCUACAACAUUCCCACUUUAGGCCAACGAUGGAUCGAUCAAACGCCUCCAAUGUAUGCUUUACACCUCGCAGCCUCCGCAGGGCUGACACAUGCAGUCAUCCGACUUCUCAAGGGAGGCUGCGACAUUGAUGAGAGAGACCGGAGCAACAGCACUCCGUUGUACUACACGAGUUUCAAUGGUCAUCUAGACAUUCUUCGGUCACUGCUUGACAAAGGCGCUGAGGUCAACGCGCAGGGUGGACGCUAUGGCAACGCACUGCAGGCAGCUUCAAACAGAGGCCGUGAGCAGGUGGUCAAGAUGCUUCUUAAUGCAGGCGCGCAUAAACUUUAG